AUGGAAAGCCAAUUGGAUGUUCUGGAGAUGUCGCAUGUCAAGAACUUCACCAUUGCUUUUUUGCUAACAGUCAUGACCGUGACUACCAUGAUAUUACUCUCUAUCAAAAUCGGAUUCCCUCUUCCAUUUACUGAACAAAUUGGAAACGUGGUGACUGCAGUCUACAUUCCGGUGCUUUUUGUCCUUGUGUUGGGCAAAGCACCAUUCGCGAAUAAUUCCAAUUGUCGGCCAUACUUUGUGCGAUUCCGACGAUGCCAGCACGCGUAUAUGGCUCUCGCUAUCAUAUACCCUUACUACAAAGCGCUUUACGAUUUGAUACCUUUACAGUAUCGUAAAUUUACAAUACUCAUGCUGCCGAUAUGGAAGUUUGGGGCUAAAUAUGUCGUGAUAGGUGCCACACGUGAAUUAGAGGAUUUCAUGCCGCAACUUUUAAGUUUUACUGUGGAUUUGUAUAGUUCGCUUUUAAUGUCUGUUUGCAUGUCAAGCGCUGGAUCUUUAUUUCUGUCUUCAUUAUUUAUUGUUGUCGAUGUGGGACAAACAAUACUAAAAUUUCACGAAUUACGAGCCAAUGCAUUUGUCGUAGUGCAGUUACUAAACCAACAACGUUUGUCUCAAGGCUUUUUGCAGUCCGAAUCAUCGACUGAAUCGCUGGAAUUACUUGCAAUGAUUCUUGUGGUGACGCGAGAUCCCUGCGCUAGUAAUAUAGUUUCAAUGCGUGGUGUGCGAUUGCAUGCAUGUCUUCCCCAUCCGCUUCCAGAAGAACGACUCAAGCAACUACAAAUUCUCGAGGCAUCAGGGUUAUAUUGUAAGAAUGACACAAACAACCCGCGAUCGGCUCGCCAAUGUAAUUUCAUCUCUCGUUGUUAUAAUCGCACUUUGGUCCAGCCGAUCGAACCAAAUCUCGUGAAUAUUUCAACGAGACAGUCUACACAAACAGUUGCUUAUCAUUCUGAAGUCUCUGAUGUGAAAGCAAAGAAUGGCAAACGAUCAAAAGAGCUUGUUUUGGAAGGACUCCAAUUGUUGUUCCAUUGUGAAUAUUUGGCACUAGUGGAAUACAUUGAAUGCAUUGUUCCUACCGUAUAUGUCACGUAUAUGUCAAUACUCGAGAUGCUUCCAAAUAUCGUUUAUUAUCCUGGUGGUGCUGGUAAAUGGGGCGUUUUUGCUAUACUGAACAUUGUGCUGUUUGCUAUGUUCGAAAUUGGGUCUUUCUUGUUUUUAAAUCACUUUAUACAGCGCAAAUUUAAGGUAUCUCCUAUGUAUCAGGUCGCAUUCGUAUUUGAAACGCAGAUGUAUCAGGUCCAAUCAAUGUUAUAUAUAUCGCUGGUUCUCUUACUAUCGUACGAGCUUGCUCAUCAGGGUGUUGACUUCACUUUUCAAUUUAAUUGGAUCCGAUAA